UUUCUUUUUCAAAUCAAACAUAGCAUAAAAACUACCUUGACCGGAAGACCACACCAACCCAACCGUCUCCGAUUCGAUAAGAAAGAAGCCUGUCUCCGAUUUGAUAUGAAAUGAAAGAAUACUGUUGAUGAUGUAAUAUGGUUUCAUAUUUCAUUCAUGCAUUGAAAUAACGAGUUGCACCUCGUUAGAAGAAAGCUAUUUCAAUAUUUUCAAAGAUAAUAUUUCCAAACUCUGUUUUCCACACCAGAGUCCAAUUCUGAGAUAAAAAUGUAAUCCAUAGAGACAGAGUCCAAUUUAUUUAUAUUUAUCACUAUAAUCAUUCAUAAACCUCAGAGCUUGUUGUGUCAUACACCCAAUGGCACCAGUUUGGUCCUCAUGCUCAAACCGUUUUGUUAUCGCAGCAACCAAACUCCAAUCCCACACCAGUUUCACCACCGCCAUUGCCAUUCAUCUCUAUCACUACAGUACCGUUCCUCAACCAUAUCAACCAAACCCACAAAAUACUCCACCCAUUUCAAUUUCUUCCCUAAACUACAAAGAAUCGAUAAUUUCAGCCAUAAAAUCUAUUUCCCAUAAGACCCAUUUGCUUCAAAUCCAUGCUCACAUUCUCACCACAACUCUCAUUCAAGACCCUGCAGUUUCUCAUCACUUCUUAUGCCGCGUAUCUCUCUCGGGCCCAUUACAAAACCCUGACUAUUCUCGCCUUUUCUUUGAGCAAAUCAGUUACCCUUUUGUUUCCCACUACAACACCAUGAUCAGAGCUUAUUCCUUGAGCGACUCACCUCAAAAGUCUCUUUUUUUAUACCGUGAUAUGAGGAGAAGAGGCAUUGCUGCUAACCCUUUAACGUCUUCCUUUGUUAUUAAGUCAUGUAUCAGGUUUUUGUAUCUUCUUGGAGGGGUUCAGGUUCAUUGUAACAUUAUCAAAGACGGGCAUCAAUCAGAUAGCCUUUUGCUCACUGCUCUCAUGGAUUUGUAUUCACAAUGUCAGAAAUAUGAUGAUGCGUGUAAGGUGUUUGAUGAAAUGUGUCUGAGAGAUACUGUUGCUUGGAAUGUGAUGAUCUCUUGUUGUAUUCGAAAUAAUCGGACCCGGGAUGCUUUGAGCUUGUUUGAUGUUAUGCAGAGUGAAAAGUAUAAAUGUGAGCCUGAUGAUGUAACUUGUUUGCUUCUUCUUCAAGCGUGUGCUCGUUUGAAUGCCUUGGAAUUUGGUGAACGAAUUCAUAAUUAUAUUAUGGAACAUGGCUAUGGAGGUGCUAUGAAUUUAUCUAAUUCUCUCAUAUCAAUGUAUUCGCGGUGUGGUUGUGUAGACAAGUCUUAUGAGGUGUUUAUGGGAAUGAAGAAUAGAAGUGUUGUUUCAUGGAGUGCAAUGAUAUCUGGUUUGGCAGUGAAUGGAUAUGGGAGAGAAGCUAUUGAAGCAUUUGAAGAGAUGCAGAGAAAUGGCGUUCAACCCGAUGAUCAUACAUUCACGGGUGUCCUUUCUGCUUGCAGUCAUUCUGGAUUGUUAGACGAGGGGGUGUCGUUUUUUGACCGAAUGAUCUCAGAGUUUAGGAUAACACCAGCCAUCCACCAUUAUGGCUGCAUGGUUGAUCUCAUGGGUCGUGCUGGCUUACUUGAUAAGGCCUACCAGCUUAUCACAUCGAUGGAGGCAAAGCCAGAUUCCACGGUGUGGAGGACCUUGCUCGGGGCAUGCAGAAUUCAUGGUCAUGUUACACUUGGUGAACGAGUAAUUGAGCAUUUGAUUGAAUUGAGAGCUCAAGAAGCUGGAGAUUAUGUUUUGCUUCUGAAUCUUUAUUCUUCAGCUGAACAAUGGGAAAAGGUUGCAGAAGUUAGAAAACUAAUGAGACAAAAUUCAAUCCAAACCACACCUGGUUGUUGCACAAUUGAACUUAAUGGAGUUGUUCAUGAGUUUGUUGUGGAUGACAUUUCACAUUCAAGAAAGGUUGAAAUUUAUAACACACUGGAUGAGAUUAAUAAACAGCUGAGGAUAGCUGGUUAUGUUGUUGAACUUUCAUCUGAACUGCAUAAGAUGGAUGACAAAGGAAAAGGGUAUGCACUCUCUUAUCACAGUGAAAAACUGGCAAUUGCAUUCGGUGUUCUUGUCACUCCACCAGGCACAGCAUUGAGAGUGGCCUCUAAUCUCCGAAUUUGUGUUGAUUGCCACAAUUUUCUGAAACUUUUUUCUGCAGUUUACAACCGUGAUGUAAUUCUCAGAGACCAUAAGCGGUUUCACCACUUCCGGCGAGGGCAUUGCUCCUGCAGUGACUACUGGUAGAUAUAUGAAGAGUUGGUAAAAUGAUUUUGAAGAGCCACAAAAUGGGUGAAGGCUAGCUCGCCAUUGACUUUAUUCAUCUUUUAUUUCAAAGCACCUUGAUGCAGCUAGCCCGUGACUGAGGGCCAUGAUAAGUCAAGUAACUUUGUUCGAUCGGGCUGUGCAUGAUAUUGAACAACUGCCAAACAACAUAGGCCAAAAUGAGGGACAUGAAAAGGGUCACCAAUAUCUAUAUGAUGCAUAGGAGAAAUUUGGUUGUGGCAUUCUUUGAGAAAUUUUAUUUAUACCGAAGAAGAUCUAUUUUUGGGUUAGUACACUAAUAUUGAGCAAGUGGCAUUUGAUAAAAGACAGGGAGGGUUUGUUCCUCAUCUGCAUGUUUGGUUUAUAUCAAUUUCUCUUAAUGAUAUUUAAUUUUUGUGGAGUUCGUAUAUGACUUCAUAUAACAAUGCCAAUUGACAUGUUGUGCACUUGAUUUAUAGAAGAGCAGCAUAAAUGAUAUUUUGACACAAUGUAGACAAUGGUCUAAAUUAAUUUUCACAAUAAAUUAGAUCAUUAAUUCAUUUUAAAUAUUUUGGUCAAUAUAUUUGGUGUAUGAUAUAACAAACCGUUCCGACUCAUUUAUCAUCUAUUGAAUUUGAUUACUAACACAACCAACAACCAAUAAACCAACAAUA